AUGGCUUCAGGGUACAAGGGCACUAUUCCAUCGUAUAACCAUGGCCAGCAGCUUCGACAGUUUGAGCCUCCAAUUGCGGGUAACGGGGUGCCAAAAUCACUGGACAGCUUCCGGAUGUCGAAUACUCAGUCGUCGUCGUCAAAUCAGAACUACAUUGCCCGGCGAAGAGAGAGCCCGCCGAUCUCGAGGAGGAAUUCCAUUGCACAUCCCGAGCAGCCAUCGUCGUCAAAGAGGAGGAGUUCAACGAGCAAUGCCGCGGCGUCGAUGACAGUGCCGGCCUCGAUAAACAACACCAAGGCCAAUUUGGCCGAGUUCGCUGCACAGAUCACAUGUUUGUUUUGGUUUGAAUCUUCGCUUCUUCUACAAAGAGUUGCGGAAUCUUCCACUACCCCUGUUCCUCAAGGUCUACUGGCUCCCGACGCCAUGCCAAGUCUAGGAUUUAGAAAAUGGGUCACAACUAUUCUGUCUACCACACAGGUGUCACAGAACGUCAUAUUACUCGCGCUAUUGUUCAUUUACAGAUUGAAGAAGAGUAACCCUUCUGUAAAGGGAAAGCCCGGUAGCGAGUUUAGACUGCUCACCGUGGCUUUGAUGUUGGGAAAUAAGUUCUUGGACGAUAAUACGUACACAAACAAGACUUGGGCUGAGGUUUCUGGGAUUUCAGUGCAGGAGAUUCACAUCAUGGAGGUAGAAUUCCUGAGUAAUAUGAGAUAUAGUUUGUUUGUGUCGAGUGAGGAUUGGAAUGGGUGGCACACGACUUUGGGUCGAUUCUGGGCGUUUUGGGACAGGGCACAAAGGGCGCCCAUUGAGAUUGGUUCUAGGAUCCCGGCUCCGAUUACACCGACUUUACCGAUUGUUCCGCCAUCAUUGCCUUCACCGCCACCUUCAAACAGCUCAUCUCCACCAUAUUCUUCGUCGACUUCAAUGCCAGGAUAUUCCCACCAACUGGGUGUGCCUUCAUUGAUGCCGGCUCAUUCGCCAAUAACACCAAUGCCACAACCUGAUUUCCAGGCUUUGUCGAGGAAGAGACCAUAUGAUUCAGCAGCUGGGAUGCAACCGCCGACAAAGAGGGUUACAAGGUCAAUGGGGCCAAUGUUGAACACCUCCGGGACACAAUUCCCUCUUUUGACUCCUUUGUCUACACCUUCACAGUCGCAGCAGGUUCCCCGCUUGUCGAUCAAUGUUUUCCCCUCAACUUCUGGCAGCCAACACCACAAUUUGGCCCCUGUUAUGUCUUCGAAUCAGCUACCCCUGCCGGGAACACGUGCUAUGCAGAGCGUAUACAACCACCCACCGAUCUCACCGGUAUCAAUUGGCCCAUUGAGCCACAACAUGAACUAUGGAUCACAAUCCAGAAAUACUUCCCCGUACUCGCAACACAACUCCAUUCAUCAUUCUGCAGCCUCGUCGCCGACCACCCCGGGAUUUUCGUCGCAGCAGCAAUCGCCUAACUGGAUUCUUGGAAACAGGAAUUCUCCAUACAGGCCUGUUCGUGGGGUCAACACACUUCUUGUGCCCCCGCCGUCGACUUCUGCCGAGCCGCCAGCACUUUGCUACGACCAGAUGCACUACCAACCGUUGGGUAAACCACGAACUGAGUACAAGACUGGGACUGUUCCAUAUAUGCAGACGGAAACUUGGCCACAAUCCUGGCCAGUCGUUUACCCGGAUUACAGUUUUUAA